AUGGUAUACUCAAAUCGUUUUGAAAAUGAUAACCCGGAUAACGAAUAUGUUCCCAAUGAUCGGUGCAACAUCGUUUUUAUACUAGUCAUGCUUGUUGGGUUUGGUGUUCUGAUGCCUUGGAAUAUGUUUAUAACAAUUGCACCAGAGUAUUACGUCAACUAUUGGUUUAAAAUUGAUGGUAAUGAGACGUGGUAUUCCGAAAAGUUUAUGAGUCUUCUCACUGUUUCGUCCCAACUUCCUAAUGCAACGAUAAAUGUAAUCAACUUGUUCCUCAUCAUUGGAGGUCCAUUGAUUUAUCGCGUGUUUGCUCCAGUGUGCUUUAAUAUAUUCAAUGUGGGCGCGGUUCUUCUUCUGGUUCUGUUCGUCGAUCCAUCCAUUGGAGGGAUGACCUGGUUUUUCUGGAUAACCUUGCUCAUUGUGAUGUUCAUCAACUUCAGUAACGGUCUUUACGAGAAUUCCGUUUUUGGGGUUUUUGCUGACUUUCCUCACAAAUACACGAGUGGUGUGCUCAUUGGAAACAACAUGUGCGGAUUAAUGAUUUCAUUCCUCAAACUUGCAGUGACCCUAUUGAUGAAAGAGGAUGUCAAGCUCACCGCUAUUAUCUAUUUUAGCAUUUCACUGACAAUUUUGAUAAUGUGUGGAUUGGCUUUGCUCACAAUCACCAAACAGGAGUUUUAUCACUUCUACCAUGAAAAGGGAAUCGAAAUUCGAAUGAAAGCUGAGACUCAUAAGCCGUCGCUGCCAAUUUUAUGGGAAACGUUCAAAGCGUGCUUUGGUCAACUUUUUAAUGUCUGGUUCACGUUUGCUAUCACUCUUACGGUAUUUCCAGUUGUAAUGACAGCCACAAAACGAACAGGGUCCGGUGUAAUCGAAAAAACCAUUGAAUCCAUCGAUGAAGUGUUCACUCUCAUCACCACAUUCGUUGCGUUUAACUUGUUUGCCACAAUUGGAGCCAUUGCCGCUUCCAAAGUUCACUGGCCAUCGGCCAAAAAUAUGGUAUAUGCUGUUGUAGCUCGAGCACUUUUCGUGCCAAUCUUCUUUUUCUGCAAUUAUCGUCCAGAUACCAGAACUUUUCCCGUCAUUAUCCAUUCAACAGAAGUUUACGUUUUUGCGGUAAUUGCAAUGUCAUUCACACAUGGCUACCUCAGCUCUCUCGCGAUGUCUUAUUGCCCAAAAGUAGUUGACAUGCACCAUUCUCGUUUUGCUGCUCAACUUUCAGCGUGCUGUUUGAUGAUCGGAUUAUUCACUGGCGCCGUAUUUUCUGUCUGCAUUGAGAAUCUCGUAUCGUCCUCUUUUUUUUGA